AUCCUGCCCCCCGCUCGACCGUCCUCAUGAACGCCGUGCCAGUGGCAUCCAUGGGCACCUGAGAAACCCCCAUCCCCCGAGGGGCCGGGUGCUGCAUCACCGGGGAGAAGCAGACAACGGCAUACCGGGAGGGGGGGGAGGAAGGGAGGGUGCGAUGGAAGCAGGAGGACCUUUCCCUCCGGCGGAACUAAAGCGCGGGGCUGCGGGGGCUGCCGGCUGGUGCACCGCUCCGCGCUUUCCCCUGGCCGGGCGCUGCGGGACGGCCCCGCCAUGCUGCCCAUACUGCGGGCCGCUGCCUGCCGCCGCGCCGCCCCUACGGCCUCCGCAGCCCUCACCACCACCACCGCCACCACCGCCUGGCUGCGGGGCGCCGCCCAACGCGGGCUGCCGAGCGCACGCCGCCGCCCGGCCGCCCUCCCCGCCGCCGCGGGGGCUCAGCAGGUUGGGGGGAGGAGGGUUACAUCUUUUCAAGGAGUGGCUGCUCGCAGCCUCUGCACACCCUCCCCUCAUGACCACCCAGAACAUGGAAGAUUAGUUUAUAAAGGAAAUUUGGCAAAGGCAGUGUUAGGUGUGAAGUUUUUCUCUUACUCCACCAGCAUAUUUAACCUUUUCAUGAUGCCCUACAUGAUGCUCAAAACUGGGAUUGGAUUUGAAAGUGUGUUCCUACAAGCUGCUUUCUAUGGGCUGAUUGGGUUUUUCACCUUUGUGACACCAGUUACUUUGCAUGUCCUGACAAAAGGCUACGUGGUUCGGCUCUACUAUAAAGAUGAGAAGGACACAUACACAGCCAUUACAUACAAUGCAAUUUUGGCAGAAAAAGCAACAGUUUUCCAUCAGAAGGAUGUAAAGAUUCCAGACAUCACCAAGAUGUUUACAACGUUUUAUGCUAAAACAAAAUCAAUGCUUGUGAAUCCGUCCCUUUUCCCUAAUCCUCAGGAUUAUAACCAUCUCAUGGGCUAUGACAAGUCCUUUUAUAUUAACUUAGAGGAGGAAGAGGAGGCUGGUGAAAGGAAGUAAUUGGAAGAUAAUGGUUCUCAUUGUCAUUGUUCGUGGUGCAGUGCUAUGUAUGUGAAAGAAUGUAAAGUUCUAUUGCAUUUUCUUACUUAUCAGGUAACUGAAGUUCCCAAAAUGCAUUCUGGAAUGUAUAAAAAAGAAAAAACUUUUUUUUUUUAAGCUUGUAAACAGUGUCAGGGUUUCUUCAGAGUGAACGACACAAAAUAGUAAAGAAAAAUAUACUUAGAUCUGUCUUGUGGGUGUUCUUGGCUUGGGGUUUUUCUCUUUAACUCUCCAGGACAACUAUAAAAUUCAUUAACACUCUAACCAUCUCCAUUUCAGAAGGACCAUUCACUUAAAAAGAAUCAUCAGCACUCAUUCCCUGUCACCUGCAUAGCAAAGUUUUUCAGCCUUCAAGUUUAUUAGUACUUAACCUGGAAAGGCUGUGCUCUUCCAUCAGUGCUGCUGCUGGUGUGCAGGGAAUGGAGAUGGGUUUGGUUUCCUUUGUCAGAGCAUUGGUAGACAUGAGGAGUCUCCAGAAAACAGAGAUACUGUUGCCAGUUGGUGGUACAGCCUCAGGCAACUCUGUCCCAAGCAGCCUCUUUUCUUGGCAGGAGGAAAAUGCCUUAACAUAAGAUUUGCCCUGUGUAUGUCCUGUUGAAAAUUUGCCAUAUUUGAAGUGACCUAGAGACCAUACCAGUUCAAAUGGACUCUGUAAGGUGGGGAAGCAAGAGGGAAUCUCCUGUAGAAUACUUCUUAGGUCCUGUGCAUUUAAAACGUGUACCUCUUGAUCUUUAGCACUGCAGAGAAAGAUACCUUUUUGCUUCUGUUUUGUGGAAAUCUGAUUUAAAUGUUUUUAGCCCAAGGAGAGGUUUGCCCAUAAACUGAUGGAUACUUGCCUGAAAAUAAUGAAAGCCCUGAAUAUUUUGAGGCUUAAAAAUCAGUCGGUUUUGGUUUUUUUUUUUUUAAAGCAAAAUAAGCAAACUUCAAAUUAAUUAUUUUUUAUUAGUACUUUUUUAAUAAAUAAAUCUGAAAAUAAAAUAAUUAUAGCUGCACUUACAGCUGUUUCAUAAGUCACAGUCUAGGAAAAAUUGUAUUUAAAAGUCUAAAUAUCUUCCAAGAUUAUUAUUUCAUUUUCCUGUUGUAGGAUGAUACUAUUGAUCUUAUUAAAACACCAGUGUUCAUAUGUACUUGCUGAGUAAUUAAAAAUCAAGUCAUCCCAUACAGAUAUUUUUGAGGCAGUUCUUUUGUGUUGGUGCAGCUGUAAUUUGAAAAGCCUGGUCUAGCCCCAUUAAGCCAAUAUCACUACAUAGAUGAGCAAGAAUAUAAAUUUUUCCCCCAUAAAUAUACUUUAAAGAUGUGAGGCCAGUAACAAGAAAUUCUCAUCACCUGGUUGUACCAGUUGUCCUUACUCAAAUGAUGGUUUAAACUUAAUUAAAGAAUAAUACUUCCA